AUGGCAGCAGAGGAGGAGGUCCAGCUGCUCCGGAGCCAGCUGAGGGAGAGGGAGGGGCAGGUCCAGCAGGCUGCUCAGGCUGGUCUAGACCUCCUCAACCAGCACAUGGAACUGCAGAACAGACUGGAUGAUCAGAGAGUAGAGAUGACCAAUGCACUAGAGGCCCUCGAGCAGGACAAGUACUCCCUGCAGAAGGAAGUGGAGCUGAAGGCUCGGAUGCUGGAGUCACUGCAGUCGGACUAUGACCUUGUGAAGACCCAACAGAGACAGCAGCUCCAGGAGCAACAGGAACACCUGGAGAGGAGCCACAGCAAGGCACUCAGUGAGCAACACAACAAGAUGCUGAGGUUGCAGUUGGCUCUGGAUGAGUCUCAGCUCAGUGAGAAACAGCUGAGACACAAACUGGAGGUGCAGACAGAGACUCUGAAUAAAAAAAUGGAGGAGCUGCAAACUCUGAAUGAACACACUCAGAGUUCCAUGACGUCUGAGGUGAUGGAGGUACAGAUGAAGAUCAUGGAUCUGGAGACCAUUAAGGUGGAGUUGGAGCAGACUCUGCGGGAAUCUCAGUACAGAGAGCAGCAGCUGGAGCUGACCAAUAGCAGCAUGCUGCGUCACCUGGAGCGAAUCACAGAGGAGAAGGAGGACCGAGAGAAAGAGGCUGUUUCCUGGUUUAAUGCCUUAGAGAAAUCUCGUGAGGUGAACCGGGACCUCCAGAUCCAGUUGGACCAGGUUCUACAGAAGGCCCAUGAUCCCAACAGCAAAGGGAACUCCCUGUUUGCUGAGUUGGAGGAUAAGCGUGCUGAGAUGGAGAUACGGCUGAUCAGUAUGAAGGUCCAGUAUCAGUCCCUGCAGAAACAACACGCCUUCAGCAAACAGCAGCUGCAGCGCAUGAAGGUUCAAAUAGCCACUCUGAUGCAACUCCAGGGGUCCAGGGCUGACCCUGCUCAGCUGGAGAGACUCCAGUCCAUGCUCUCUGAGAAGAAUGGGGAGAUCCAGAAUCUUAUGAGUAAACUACAGAGACUGGAGAAGGUGGAGAUAUUGAAGUCUCAGCCAGCUAAUCCAGCUCCAGCAGAGAGCAAUGAUGGCCAAGAUGAAACCUACUACACUGACCUGCUCAAGAUGAAGCUCAACAACACUGUUAAGGACGCAGAGCGUCUAGGAGACGAGCUUUCCCUACAGAGGAUGAAGUCUUUGUCAGAGAGUCAGAGAGCUCUGGAGCUGGAGAGGAAACUCUUCUCAUCUGAACGGCUGCUCAAACAGGCUCAGAGUGACAAGAUCAAACUACAGCUACGAGUAGAGGAGCUCCAACACAAAUAUGAACCCAGAGAGGUGAAAAAGAAUGUGAUCCAGAAGAGAAAGAAAGAGAAACUUCCUGUGGACAUCAUACCCUCUGACGACACCACUCCUAACAAGGCAGUUACCAUGGAGAUGGGUGUCACACAUAAUCAGACUGCAGGCCCCGAGACUGACACCUGUUCUACAGUAAAGGCACUGAGCUCCACACAAGGUUCAGAGCCGACUGAGCCACGGCCAGCAAAGUGUGUGAAGAUCAGUGGAGAUGAGCCUGUUGUAAUUCCCAACCCCAGCUCUCCUGUGACUGACUGUAUAGAGAAGACGAUAGAGGAGAACCAGCAGCAGAACCAGGAGGAGAACCAGCAGCAGAAUAAACGAGAGGAGGGAGUGAGGAAACCAAGAGCAGUGGAGAUGAUCCAUGUCAGCUCUAACAGCAGUAUGGAGAACCAGUGUGCUCAACAGUAGGCCUUAUCUGGAACACAGUUUAUGCUCUAUAUGUAUAUGUGCUGCUAUAACCUGAUAGUCUUUUUCAUUUACAUACUGACUUGUACAUCUCUGUUCAGUUCACUGUAUUAUUAAAUCUUACACAAUUAAAAUAUU